UGAGUACCCGCGAGCGUGUCGCGCCGCAAGCUUGGCAUGGUCUUUGUACCCGAGGCCAACUUACUCUGGCCCGCAACUCCUUACAUUGAAUUCUUCACAAGCUACCGUUCUCAAGUGAGUCACCCGGCGCACUCGAUGUCGAGGAAUGUUAAAGACAUGUUUUUAACAACUACGUUCCAGUGUUUUCACUAAGGGGCCUGGAAAUGCUGCUUUGCUGCUUGUUGAGGUCCCACUUGCCGCUACUUUUCUUGACGAUCGUUGUAAUAUCGUCUGUGGAAGGCCAAAUUGUCGUAGACUGUCCCGACCCAUGGCAUGCCUAUGGAGACUUCUGUUACAAGUUUUCUGGCACUAACCUUCUCAAGUUUGACAGUGCCAAUUCAGACUGUAAUGGUAAUGGAGCAAGUCUGGUGUAUAUAACAUCGGCAGAAGAGCACAACUUCAUUAAAAAUUGGUUGGAAAAAUUCGAUCCCUUACACCGGAAGUGGCUGACCAGCGGCCAUGGGUUGGCUAGCAAGGACACAGUGCAGGUAGGGGCUCUCCCGUACCAGUGGGUGGCCACGUCGUCGGCGUUGCGGCCCGACCUUCAGUUCUGGUUGCCAGGACAACCGAAUGCCACCAUGGACAAGUCGUCAGCUACCAUUGCCUACACUUUUGGAGUGUCGGGAUUUGGAUGGAGUCUUGUACCGGAAGGUAUUGAAAAUGCAUUUAUUUGCAAGAUCCCAAAAGUUGAAGCAUAUCGUAUUCUGCAGCAAAGCCGGGACUUCGACUUCGGCCUGCCCGCUACAGGUGUUAGCGUCAUAGAGCGAGGCCCUCAGUUCAUCUCGAUGCCCAAUUCUUUGGUGGUGGUCAGCUCCACGGGGGAGCCUGCAGUGCUGGAGUGCAUAGCCUUUGGUACUCCAGAACCAAACUACAGAUGGGUCCGCGGGAAAACUUUUGACGAGGAGGUUCUGCCCUCGACUGACUCUCGCUACAGCUUGAUCAACGGCCGUCUGAUCAUAGAGAAUCCGGUAGAGGCCAAGGACAGCGAUUCUUACCGGUGUGAGGCCAGAAACAAGUUCGGAACCGUCAUCUCCAGCUCUGUCGCCAUUUCUUUUGGAUAUCUCGCCGACUUCUCUAACGUACAGAAUGCGCCGGUCCGCGCCAAAGCUUACGACGGUGUCGCCAUUGAAUGCAGCCAGAUCACCUACAGGCCAGCGGUGCAAUACCAGUGGCUGAAGGAUAAUGCGCAGUUCAUGCGACCAGAAUUUCAGUCAUACAUCUUUAUCUCCAACAACGGGAAGCUGUACUUCUCUGAGGUAACGAGGUCUGACGAGGGACGCUACCAGUGUAUCGCGGAGCUGACUGGGGUCAACCAGUUCACCAUCGGAACCAAUCAGCCCCCAACUCGAUUCUCACUUCCCAUACCUCUAGCUGUCAGUGACCAGACCCCAAAGUCCAACUGGGGACCAGAAAUCCAGAACGACUUCCCGGCUGUUUUUCCCCAGCCCCCACUAAGAGGCCAGGAUGUACGGCUGGAAUGUUUUGCCUACGGCUCAUCAACAACUCCGUUCUACUAUUCCUGGCAGCGCGUGGGCCUUCCCAUUCCAGACUCGGCAGUCCUCCAGGAUCACAACCGGGUGUUGAUCAUCCGUAAUGCCCAGCUGGAGGACGCCGGCACCUACACAUGUACCGUCACCAGGACGUCGAGUGCUAAGGACACUCGUUCCGUCUACCUGUCUCUUGGAGCACGACCAUAUUUCGUCGCUCCUCUGAAGCAUCAGCACGCUGACAUCCGUGGCCAUCUUACCUGGAAAUGCGAGGCCAGAGGAAACCCGUCUCCUGUCUACCGCUGGUACAAGAAUGGCCAUCCUCUAACCUCUGACCCCAAUACUCGAGUGCAGGUGUCCAAAAACAUACUUGUGAUAACAAACUUGGACGCCUCUAUGCACGAAGGGAUGUACCAGUGCGAGGCUGUCAACACUUACGGUUCCGAAAUGAGCAACGCGCAGCUGAGAGUUCUGUCUUUUCCUCCAUCCUUUUCCAAAAACCCGCUUCCUGAUCAAAUGUCUGGAGCAGUGGGAGGUGACAUCGUCAUUCAGUGCAACCCAGAAGGAGCCCCACUGCCUCAGAUCACGUGGCUGCGCAAUGGUGGUGAGCUGACGACAGGCACAGACGGUCGCUACAUACAGUAUCCCAAUGGAGAUCUGCUGAUAAAGACUUUACAAAGUUCGGACGCUGGUACAUUCACAUGUAAAGCUGUCAAUGAUGGUGGAGAAGCCGAGAGCUCCACCACAAUUUUUGUCGCGAGUGGCGCUGCUAUAGCGACCGGUCCAUCCGCAGUCAGCGCUAUUGUCAAUGAAACCGCCUUUCUGCAAUGUUUAGCUUCUAGGGAUCCCACUACAGAUGUGAACUAUGUUUGGUACUUCAACAAUUAUCUACUGGAUAUUUCAGAUCCAACAUUUUCUGUAGUGGAUGAUACACAGACAUCUAGCCGAACUGGUUUGUACAUCAAGGGUGUUCAGUUCAAACACGAAGGGCAAUACACCUGUGUUCUUCAGACGCCGUUUACUGCAGACUCCAAAAGUGGAUACUUGACCGUUAGAGGACCACCCAGUAUGCCAGCAGGCUUGUAUGUGAAAACGGAGUCAGUCACUCAGAACAGCAUCAUGGUGAUGUGGACAGUCGGAGCUGACAAUGGCGGGGCGGUCGUGGCCUUCAUCGUGGAGGCCGAGAACGAGUUCCACCCGAAUGACUGGCAACCUGUCCUUACUGCAGCAGCAAAAGACACAUUACCAGCUGACAUACUUCAAACAGACAAGCGAGGUGUGCAGGUAGAGAACCUCAAUCCGGGUACUGGAUACCGUUUCCGGGUGUUGGGGCAAAAUGAGUUUGGCAUCGGCACACCCAGCACGCCAUCAGCAAUCGUGAAAACACUGGACGCCCCUCCAGCAGUGGCCCCAAACAAUGUUCGAGGAGGAGGGGGUAGCGUUGGAGAUUUAACUAUAAGAUGGGAUCUGUUAGACCGGUCUGAAUGGGGCAGCUCGUCAAUACAUUACCGUGUUUUCUGGAGAAAGAAGACCGACGCAGAGAAUGCAGGACGUUGGCAGUCGGCAACAAAAACUGGGACAGACGAUCAUCAUGUUACCCUUGUAGGAAUAGAAAACUUCUUCCUGCUGUAUGAGGUGAAAGUUCAAGCUAUCAAUCCCCUCGGACAAGGACCCAAUUCUUCCAUCGAAGAAGUCUAUUCGGCUGAAGACUUGCCACUGGGCGUUCCCACCAACGUUGUCUCAAACACUUACAACAGCUCCACGAUUGAAGUGUCGUGGACACCUGUACCUGACACACGAGAGGCUGCCAGGGGUCAUAUUUUGGGCUACCAGAUCAACUACUGGCCGGAGGAUCUUGACGCUACUCGAAAAGAGGACUGGCAGUUUAUUCGUUACUAUGGAGACGUGAGCAGCGGACUUGUCAUUAAUCUGGGUGUACAGGUGAACACGUGGGUGGGCGUGCAAGUUGUCAAUUCUGCUGGCCUCGGUCCACUGUCCGAACAAUACUUGAUGGAGACAGCAUUCUACCCGGCCUGGCAUUAUCCAGAAGAAAUUCGAGUGUUUUCUGUCGGAGUUGGGCGAGUUAAAAUCUGGUGGCGGGGUAUAUUGACCACAACGUGGGAGGCUGGACUGACGGCCUAUGUGGUAUUUUACUGGAAUGCCAACGAAGACUUCAGAACGCGACAGGAGCAUCACGUGAAGUUCCCCGCCAAUGAGGCUAUACUGGACGGCCUGGAAACAAAUAUUCUCUAUGCCAUAAGAAUCUGUGGCCUUAAUCAGGGUGGCUACGGCGCUAGGUCACCAACACAAUACUUCACUUUUGAGGGAUCUGUCUUCAUCGAUUAUAGCUUAUCGCAAGCGAUCGAUACAUACCUGGCACAAGCUACCUGUCCAAGACCGACUAGCAUCAUCCUGCUUCUCCUUGCAUUACACACAUUUUUCUCCUGGAUUGGUAGCUAACAUGUCUUCUCUUCCCACGACUACCUUUAUCAGGAUUUUGGCAUAAAGCUAUAAAUUACACGGUGUUUUACAAGUGAAUGUUCUCGAAAUAAGACGACCUACACCUACAUGUGUUGCUUAUGUGUGUUCAACGCAGUACGGAUAUACUAACGGCCACUGAAGUACUGUGAUGGAUGCUUAGAUGUGUUGCAAGCUACUUCUCGCCAUUGUAUGAUUGUCUUCACCUGGGAGUGUUUCUAAGGACUAUUCUACGGAAUGUUUUUUUUUAGCCGGAAAUGUUGUUUAUAACAUGUUCUCUAGAGUAUUCCUGCAUGUGUUGUGAAAAAAUCCGCUGUUUCCGGCACGGUCGCAGUGGUCAUCACCUGGAUGUGUUACUAACGAGUGCUCACAGAGAAGUAUGUAUUCACCUGGAUAUAUUGCUCACGAGUGAUAGCUGAAGUACGAGUCCUGAAGCCAAAUGUCGAGUGGAUGAAAGUUGAUACAAGUGUACAGGGGAAUUAGGAGAAUUAUUCUAAUCUUCAGACACUGCUGACGGACUAGCAGAUGAAGGGUGAAUGUGAAUUGAGACAUGAGACUUUUCACUGUCAUAGGUUUGCUCACAUGGAGGGUACUAACAAUCUAGUAUCGUCGUUUUCAUUGCCAAAUUAUUGGCGUUUAUCGUUGUUUGAAAUAUUUUUAAUUUUUACGAACUUAGGGAGGAGUCUUUAGGAAACAUUAUUUUUAUUUUCGCUUGUGCUCGCUGUUCUUUAUAUAAGAUUGCAAAAGUCUACACGAUGAUGACAAAAUAAUUUUAAAAUUUACAGUGGCAAGAAUCCUUUUAUGAUAAAUGUUUUUGUUGUAAAUAUUGUACUUACUGUGCUCACUGAGGAAACAAAAACGAUUUUCGUAAGCAAAUAAAGCAGUGGUCAGCUCAUUAACAUAUUUUCGUUAGUUAACAUUAAAUAGUUAUUUUAUUUUUAUACCCGACGUUUUGGUUCUUAACAUUUUUUAUGCAAAAGCUUCUAAAGUGGGGAAAGCAAAUAGCCAGGUGGUUAGACCACAAGCUUCUGAAGUAGAAGGCGCGUACACUAUUGGGUUCGAUACCCCUCUAGCGCAGCAUAUUUUUCUGCAGUUGACCCAAUUGUCGAAUGAGCACAUGAUCCCGUAAAGCAGUACAGUGAGGCAGAGAGGAGGAGGAGAUUAGCAUCGUCUUAACAAAUAUUAAGUGGCCCCGAGCAAACAUCCCACUCUCCAAAGAGUGAAAAAUGACAAGACUAUGUCAUUACCAAUUUUGAAAUGUUUUCAGUUGUACGAUAUUUGCUUUUUGGUUUUUUCCCUGUUUAUCCGCACUUUACCUUUUCUGCUAAACAUUCACUAAGUAUUCAUACUAAACAGAGUCUUUAUUCAUCCGUGUGAAUGUGUACGCUGUUAAAAUUACUCGAGAGAAGGCCAGCAUGGUCCAUGUCAAGGACUGAUUUUAUCAAAGUUUAUGUUUAUCGAAAUAUGGACUUUUCAAACUGUUUGGCAUGCAAACUUUAUCCAAAAUACAUAAAUUACACCUCCCUCUCUCUCUCUCUCUCUGAUACAUAUAUAUAUCUAAAAUUGUCUUACCUAAGUUCUCGAAGCAUUGACGUACAAAUAUUAUUAUUUGGGAAUAGUUUAUUUUAUUACUCAGAUUACUAUUUAUUGCUUACUGUUAGACCGUAAAGGGGGCGUACACCACACUGUCGCCACUGUCGUGCGACCUCAGGAUCCCCAACUCAGAGUGGGGCAAUCGGGUCUGGUUUAGUAAUGUGAGCUGCCACGAUACUCUGCCCCAGACCAUCGCCCCAGGGUACCUUAGCAGGUGGUCGACAGGAAAAACUAUCUGGUAAGAGGAAAAAUGUGCUGCUCAAGUGGUGAAGCUAUAAAUAGCACAACGUUUGUAAGUAUAAUGGUAUGUAGAAUAUAUAUACACUAUACUAAAAGUAAUGUUCACUUUAGGAUUGUGCCUACUUAUGAUCCAUGACUACUCUUGUACACUGUGUACGAGGUUUGUAGUGCGUCCACAUGGAGCAUCUGAAAUGCUUCUAAAUGUUUUACUGAACAUCAACUUCAUUCCUAGAUAACAACGAUGAAAUCAGUUACUGCUUUAACUUGCUUUCUGUAAGACACAAACAGUUUGAAAAGCUGAUAUGUCGACAGGAUUCUUUAAAUGGGGUAAGAGGAGCCUGUGUUUGUUGACCAUGUUGUGCCAGUAUUAAUUACUUGUUACUUAUCUCCUUUUCUCUAAAUCCGCUAAAUGCGAGCGUGAGUGUUGUGUGUAUUUGUGUGUGAGAGAGAGAGCGAGAAAAAGAGAAUUUAAAAGAGAAUACAUGUGUGCGAGUGUAUGCACACUAAAACUAACAUGAACGAAGAGUUUUCAUCUUUGUGUUUGCCAUGUGAAUGUGAUAAAAAAAAUAUGAAAAUUAAUGUUGUCCAUAAAAGGUUUUACAUGAAGCUGCAUAAGGCCAUAACGUUCACAAAUAUGAAAUUAAAUCUUAUUCAGUCUCAAGAAUUAGGUGGCUUCAAAAUAUGCAUAAUCUGAAAUACAGAUUUUUUUGUGCAUACAGAAGAAAGAGGAGUUAAAAAGACUAUUAUUUGCUCCACGAAUGAGUGUACUAAUAAAGAUUGUGUAAAUGAGAAAUACCUUUUAAAGAGUAAAUGUGAGAGAUGUUUUACAACUUAUUAAAAAAACUUAUAAAAGGUGAAGUUCA